CCCCUUGGAGACGAGUGGGAUGCUAAGGGACCAACAUAGGGUGAGGACUGGCUCCUUAAAAGAGCCUUUCAUAAUUUGGCCAGAAUCACUGAGCGCUAUGAGGCCACCGUUUGAUGGAGAAGCAAAUGCCCAGAGUGCUUUCCUUUUGCGAGAGAUGCAAAUGGCAGGCUGGGAGAGAGAGCUAGGGGAAAGGGUUCUUGGAGUCAUUCACUGCUUCUAGUCCGGUCCCCGACGUUCGGAGAAUAUUCAAAGGGUGUGAGGUAGGACCAUUUCUAUUGUUAUCCCGGCUGAGACAAAGGCGGGGUGGCAGUGGUGGGGGCGCGCAAGUGGUGCCCAUCCUUUCGGUUGCGUAGGUUGGGGGAGUACGGGAUGGCACGGGGGAUUUGUUUUGUUUUGCUCUGGAGCCGGCUUCCCGGAGUCCCUCCCGUCCCCCGCCUGGAGCGCAGGGAGGACGCCGCGAGGCAGCCGCAGCGGCCUCUGCGUCAAGGGGCGGCGGGGCGGGGAGGUGCGGCGCCGGGCCUGGAGACCUGGCUCGCGUCCCCCAGGCGCCCGCAGCCUCCCCCCUCCCCCGCAGCCUGUCGGAGGCCGCAGCUCCGGCGGGCCGGGCACGUGGGCGCCUCCGUCACACCCUCACUCACACACUGACACACACCCGCGCGCGCACGCACCCGCGCGCCUGCAUCUCGUGCUCUUCGCCUGGCGGACACACAGGCGCUCAGGAGGAGUCCCCUGCAGCCCGCAGGGCAGAGACCCCCUCCACCCUGCCCCAGGACCCGCCCGCCCUCAGCAGCUGCUUCUCUCCAGACAGCUCCCCGCGGCCUCGGUCAGCCACCUGGACCCGACCCCUUGGCCACUGCUGCUACUGUCGGGACGUGGACACAGCAAGAGGCGCCGGCCAAGACACCCUGACGGUGAGGACACGCUCCUACCGCUAAGGACACGGUGGAGGUACCCACAGAAUAUUGGACAUAGAGAUCCAGGAUCCAUAAGACUUUAUCACCUUGAAUCAAAGAUUUCUUUGAUAUCCUCCUCCAUCUUUUAUUCCUAUCAACUAACAUAUUUUUAAAAAGAAUUAACAAACUUACCAAAAGGGAAUUUAAAAAAAUACCACUGCCCGCACUUUCCAAUGCCUAAGAAUAGCAAGGUGGUAAAAAGAGAAUUAGACGAUGAGGUUAUUGAGUCUGUCAAAGACCUUCUUUCCAAUGAAGACUCAGCUGAUGAUGCCUUUAAGAAAAGUGAACUAAUUGUUGACGUCCAAGAAGAGAAAGACACAGAUGUUGAAGAAGGAUCUGAAGUCGAAGAUGAAAGACCAGCUUGGAACAGUAAACUGCAAUACAUCCUGGCCCAGGUUGGAUUUUCUGUAGGAUUAGGGAACGUGUGGAGAUUCCCAUACCUCUGUCAGAAGAAUGGGGGUGGUGCCUACCUUUUGCCAUAUUUAAUACUGCUUCUGGUAAUAGGUAUUCCCCUUUUUUUCCUGGAACUUUCUGUGGGUCAAAGAAUUCGGCGAGGAAGCAUUGGUGUGUGGAAUUACAUAAGCCCUAAACUGGGAGGGAUUGGAUUUGCAAGUUGUGUAGUAAGUUUCCUGGUAUGCUUUUUUGUGGCUCUCUACUACAAUGUCAUCAUUGGCUGGAGUUUGUUUUAUUUUUCUCAGUCUUUUCAGCAACCUCUACCUUGGGAUCAGUGUCCUUUGGUGAAAAAUGCUUCACACACUUUUGUAGAGCCAGAAUGCGAAAAAAGUUCUGCCACUACCUAUUAUUGGUACAGAGAAGCACUGAAUAUUUCCAGUUCCAUUUCGGAAAGUGGGGGCUUAAACUGGAAGAUGACCGUCUGCUUGCUGGCUGCCUGGGUUGUGGUGUGCUUGGCUAUGAUCAAAGGCAUUCAGUCUUCUGGAAAAAUCAUGUAUUUUAGUUCUCUGUUCCCGUACGUGGUACUUAUAUGCUUCCUAAUCAGAGCACUCCUUUUAAAUGGUUCAAUUGAUGGCAUCCGUCACAUGUUUACCCCUGAGCUUGAAAUGAUGCUGGAGCCCAAGGUCUGGAGAGAAGCUGCAGCUCAGGUGUUCUUUGCCUUAGGUCUGGGAUUUGGUGGCGUCAUUGCCUUUUCAAGCUACAACAAGAGAGACAACAACUGCCACUUUGAUGCCGUCCUGGUGUCCUUCAUCAAUUUUUUUACUUCUAUCCUGGCAACAUUGGUGGUGUUUGCAGUUCUGGGCUUCAAAGCAAAUGUCAUAAAUGAGAAAUGCAUUGCAGAAAAUUUGGAAAUGAUCAUCAAACUUGUGAAAAUGGGCAACAUUAGUCAAGAUAUUAUUCCCCAUCAUAUCAACUUUUCAGCUGUUACUGCGGAAGAUUAUCAUUUAGUUUACGACAUCAUUCAAAAAGUGAAAGAAGAAGAGUUUCCUGCUCUUCAUCUCAAUUCCUGUCAAAUUGAAGAUGAGCUAAAUAAAGCUGUUCAGGGGACUGGUUUAGCUUUUAUUGCCUUUACAGAAGCAAUGACACAUUUCCCUGCAUCUCCCUUCUGGUCAGUGAUGUUCUUCCUCAUGCUGGUAAAUCUAGGGCUUGGCAGCAUGUUUGGAACCAUUGAAGGGAUCAUCACACCCAUUGUGGACACAUUCAAAGUGAGGAAAGAAAUUCUCACUGUUAUCUGUUGUCUUCUGGCAUUUUGUAUUGGCCUGAUGUUUGUGCAGCGCUCUGGAAAUUACUUUGUUACAAUGUUUGAUGAUUAUUCUGCUACCCUGCCUCUGCUAAUUGUAGUCAUUUUGGAGAAUAUUGCUGUAUCCUUUGUUUACGGCAUAGAUAAGUUUAUGGAAGACCUAAAGGAUAUGCUGGGCUUUGCUCCCAACAGAUAUUACUACUAUAUGUGGAAAUAUAUUUCUCCUCUAAUGCUAUUAUCACUGCUAAUUGCUAGCAUUGUGAAUAUGGGAUUAAGUCCUCCUGGCUAUAAUGCAUGGAUUGAAGAUAAGGCAUCAGAGGAAUUUCAGAGCUACCCAACAUGGGGAAUGGUUGUCUGUAUCUCUCUGAUGGUCCUGGCAAUACUGCCCGUCCCAAUUGUCUUCAUCAUUCGUCGCUGCAACCUUAUAGACGAUAGUUCUGGUAAUUUAGCGUCUGUGACCUAUAAGAGAGGAAGGGUUCUGAAGGAGCCUAUAAACUUAGAGGGAGAUGAUGCAAGCCUCAUUCAUGGAAAGACAUCAAGCGAGAUGUCCUCUCCAAAUUUUGGUAAAAAUAUUUAUCGAAAACAGAGUGGAUCACCCACUCUGGAUACUGCUCCCAAUGGACGAUAUGGAAUAGGGUACUUGAUGGCAGAUAUGCCAGAUAUGCCAGAAUCUGACUUGUAGCUGGGGGGCAAAAAUCAGUGGGAUCUUAUCUGGUUCAUUUUUAUCAAUGAACAUUGGCUCUACUAAGAGAAGCAUUAGACUUCGCUUAUCAGAGGGCGAUCUCAGGUGUUCCAUGGCUGUGACCUUUAAUCCUAGCAGUGUACGUAAAUUCACCAUGAGCAUUCCUUUGGAUUCUCUGGUUUACAUUUGCACAGAAAGAGCCACAGACAAAGUGUACAAUAACUGAGGUCCAUGUUGGUAAGAAUUUUCAAAAAUACCUUUGGUGUUUUUUUCAAGGAUUCCUAUCUCUAAAAACCACUGGUUUUACCUCAGUUUCUAAUAAUUUCUGGAUGUCAUGGUAUGGGCAACUCAAAAAUGGUAUACUUCAAAAUUUAUGUUUGCCUUCAGGGUAACCCCCAGGGUUACAAUGACCAGUUCUGUAAGUUGGUGCUGCUCAGCACACUUCCAUGAAUAUAUUGUGUAGAUAGGCUGUACUUAUUUUGGUAGCAUUGAUACCUUCUUAGGCAAUUAGUUGAAGAAAACUGCAAAAUAUUUUCUUAUGUAAUAGCUGUAUAGAGCAAUAGUAUCAAAGAAUAAGAAGGCACUAAUGCUGGGAUGAAAGGUGAGGUUCUGAGGUGACUGGGGAUCAUGUGUGUGAUGGCUGUAUAUUUUGUGUAAAAUAUAUGUGUGAAAAUGAUCUACGAAUGAGUCACUCAGCACUCUCAAGAAUUAUGCAGAUUCCGCAUUUUUUUAUGCGUGUGCCUAAAAAUCUACUUGAUAUUUAUUGCGGUUUCAAGAUUACUCAUAGUAUAUUUGUAAAAUAUACUUGCAAUGUAUAUAGAUGUAUAUUAGUACUCUAAGUACUGAUUUGAAAACUUGAAGCAAGAUGGCAUUUUAUUUCAUAUCUUUCUGUUUUGCUUCUGUUUUCUGCAAAUAUAAAUCCUUUUUUAAGUGAUUGGUAAAAUUGUAUGGCAUUACAUUUUAAGCUACAA